GAGACGAAGAGACGCCGUUAUUCGCACAACCACAGCACACAGCACACGAUUAGGUUAUGUUUCCCUUACCUAGCGAGCGGACAUUCUACUUUUAGAUAGUUCUAUUUUUCUCAUAGCAUCAUUAAUGCAGGGCAUAGUGACAUCUGUACUCUUCUCCACCAAAUGAUACUUCCAUAUUUCAAAAAAUAGUACAUCUGUUUUCUUACACGUAUUGUUUUACUUAUGUCAACAAAUGCUAUGAUGGAGUCUGAGACCACUUCGCUUUCACUAAUGUCAUCAAGUUCUAUGAUGGAGUCCAACGAGACUACUUCAGAAGUUAUUGCCGCUAGUAACAAAGUUACGUAUAAAAAAUUUGUUGAUUCCGAUGGAAAAGAAGUCAUGACAAGAACACCUGCUCUUCGAUUUAUCUGUUGCAUUUGUAAGAGUACAUACAAAAUGAAACUGCCAUGUAUCAAACACUUGCUAGUUGAGCAUGAAAUUGUUGUGAAGGAAGUUAGAGGCUCUGUUCCUUUUUUAACUGCCAAGAAUCGAUACGACUGCCCAAAAUGUUCUAAAACAUAUACAAAGAGAAACAAUUUAUAUCGGCAUAUUCGUAAAGCACAUAAAGGAGACGGUUUGCAAGACUUAAUUAAAGAAGACUCUGAGGCUGAUAUGCCUAUAGCAUGUCCCAUGUGUGGUAAGGGUUUUGCUACAUUUGGCGGUGUAAAUCGACAUAUUCGUCGGUAUCAUACCUAUGACUUCGAUCCUGAACUUCAAUCUUCGUCAGAUAUGAUCCCUUGUAAGCUUUGUGAUAUGAGAUUUCCAACUGAUCCUUCUCUUACAAAACACAUGAAGGGCUUCCAUCAUGCUCUUGCUGUUUCAAGAUUGAACCUUGAUGGAUAUAAAGAAGAUGUCUUUGAAUGUGGUGUGUGCAGUGUUCAGAUUAAAGAGCCCUCUGAAUUACGGGAUCACUUAUCACAGUUACAUGAGAAAUAUGAUUUUCCUAUUGAAAUUACCAGCGAUACUGAGGACAAGGAAGAAUCUAAUCAAGUUUUUAACUGUGAUCGUUGCCGCACUUUCUUCAAAACAGAACAGGAAUGGAGGUCACAUAUGAAAGAAGCACACAAUGCUUGCCCUGACUCUUCCUGUCGCAGAUGUGGGUCGUCUUUCUCCACAUAUCAUGAUCUGAAAUGUCAUUUAAAAGAUGUACAUUUCUUUUCUAUACCAGAGGGAACUUAUAAUGUUGCACCAAUGCACAGAGUUGGCAGUGACCUAGGACUCAGUAGAAACCUAUGGGUUGCCAUGGAAAAAAUUCCGAAAUGGCUUGUUAAGCACGGAGACGGACAGCUUCUUGUAGUUGUACAUAAAGAUGCUUAGUUUUCAAUGUAGAAUCUGUUUAUGUUGUGCCUUUUUGUGUAUCAUAUGAUUAAAAUGUAGAGGUUUCCU